ACAUUCCAGAAUCUCAUUUCCUUUCCGUGUUCAUAGCCCCAGGUAAGGUAAGCCCACGUGUCUCAGAAGAGCCUCCACAGCCAGACACAGCACCAAGGCAGGUCAGAAGAGGCAGGACUCACGUGGACACUGGCACUCACAGCGGUCAGGAGUAGGCGGCUCUCUGGGGCCAUUCUUGACCAACGUGGAAAUCUUGCUUAUCCCAGAAAAUGAUAACCAAGAGGAAAUAUAAAACAAAGUCCAGGGAAGUUGUGUGAAUAAUUAAUGGCAAAGUAUGAGGAGCAAUAUAACUGGAGAUACAAAAACUGAAUGUGCCAGGAAUAUUAAUGUUUAAUGAGACAUAGGUGAGUGUAGCCAGGAGCUCACCGGCCGGUGCAGAGUCAGCUUGGGGAAGAAGAGGGACAAGUUUCUUCCUGCAGGAUCUGUGUGUGUGGUUCAAAACACAAUCAGAAAGCAGGCAGAGCGAGACCACCCCCUCCCGCCCCCGGCUCCAGCCCUUUGGUGCCCGCAGUUGCUGCCUUACUGAUGUCUUCUUGGGGACCUGAAACACACUCCGGUUAACUGUAUCUGAAUAAAACCUUCCCGCCAGCCUUCUAAGCAGACAGCUCCUGUCCCGUGGUUUCCCUUUCUGGUUCACAGCAAGGCUCUCAAAUACAAGGGCUGUGUGCCCUGUCGAAGGACUGGUGGUGCAGCAGAAGGAGACGACAGUGGGAGGAACAGGCUCCUUGGUCCCUGCAUCCUCCCUAAGUGCCACCCCGCCCAUAAAGACAAAGGAGGAACGCGGGCAACAUUCUGGAAGACAGAACACGGAAGCGGGCGGUAGCUGAGUUAGCAGCGUAGAGAUGCCAGCAACCUGAGUUUCUGCGAGCCGCGCCGUCCGAAUGGCCCACGUCUUCCUGUACGGCACCCUGAAGCGAGGCCAGCCCAACCACAAGGUCAUGCUGGAUGGCGCCCACGGCUCCGCCGCCUUCCGCGCCCGUGGCCGCACGCUGCAGCCCUACCCGCUGGUCAUCGCCGGGCAGUACAACAUCCCGUGGCUGCUGAACCUGCCUGGCACGGGCCGCUGCGUGGACGGCGAGAUCUACACGGUGGAUGAGCAGAUGCUGCGCUUUCUUGACGACUUCGAAGGCUGCCCGGCCAUGUACCAGCGCACCACGGUGACAGUGCGGGUGCUCAAGGACGUGGGUGAGGACAGUCCCGAGGACACGCUGGCGGCUGACACCACGGUGGAGUGCUUCGUGUACAGCACGGCCACCCACCCGCCCGAGUGGGUCCACCUCCCGUACCACGACAGCUACGACUCCGAGGGGCAGCACGGGCUGCGCUACACUCCCCGGGAGGACAGAUGAGUGGGGAGGGACCGCGCUGCCGCCAGGGGACGGCCCAGGGCGUGAGGUUAGCGCAGCGCAGUCUGUACGCACUCAGUGCAAGAGUGUAACAGUGCCUUUCGGCAGAGUCUUUGUGAACAAUCUGUGGGAAAAGCAAACGAUCUCUUUCAAUGGCAGCUGAUUUCACAAAUAAUUUUGACAUACUUGCAAUUGUCCUCGCAAAUCUUUCUUUCCAAUACUACUACGUUGCUUGCUGCUUAAAGAGCGUCAUGGGCUUGAAUGUACUGGAUAAGAAAAAUUUAGGAUUUUGAUUCCCCUAAAUGGCAUUUGGAGAACUCGUGUUAUCAUACUCUUCUUUCUUCUUCUUCCCCUCCUCUCCCUCCUUUUUGCUUUGCUUUGAUCUAUCUGAAGAUAACGUUUAAAAUGAACAUAAAGACUUUCUGUGGCAGCUGAAUUUUAGCAGCCCUACUCUAUUGAUUCUGUUCUGUAGCACCUAGGAAAAAAAUUUUUUUUAAAUAAAAGCUGAUUUUAGGGGUUGCUCAACAUCAACAUAAUAAAGAUCCUCAAGAAAAACAUGCUGUUUGGGGGCAUAUAUAGCGUCAUUCUUAAUUUUUAGAUCAAGCUUACACAGAAACUAUUGAAGAUGAUCACUUAAAAUUAAACUAGAUGUUUUGGGAAACAAAA